AUGCGCGCUUUACAAAUCCCGCCCGGUGUAGGCCACAGCCUGUGGUCCCGCCACAUGCUUGUUGUCGUCAGAGCCCAUCUCUCUCACAACAUCAUGGCUUCCCUAGACAUCUCUCCCGAGAUUGGCCGUUCUUAUAAAACCCUCGUUUCAUCUUCAGCCCCCGCAAAUAAGUCCCCAACUCAAGCUCAGUGGGCUGUCUUUGCUGUCUCAGUACCAUUGCAGAAUGCCUUUGUUGCGAGUUCUACAUCCAAGGCUAGCACGCUGAAAGUGCAUAGCACAGGAGAGGGUGAGCUUGAGGAGCUCAUCGAAGAGUUCAAUGAUGGCAAAGUGCAAUUUGCUUUUGUCAAGGUUAAAGAUCCGAACUCUGGGUUACCCAAGUUUGUUCUGAUUGCCUGGUGUGGCGAGGGCGUCCCGGAGAGAGUUAAGGGAUAUUUCACCGGUCAUCUAAACGCGGCCGCCAAAGUUUUGCAUGGUUACCAUGUACAAGUCACUGCCCGGUCUGAAUCCGACCUCUCACCCGAAUCUAUAGUCCAGAAGGUUGGUGAUGCCUCGGGAGCUAAAUAUUCGUCUGCGAGCACUUCCACCGCUCCUCCGACAUCUGCCCCGAAGCCGCCGGCUCCAUCGUCUAAACCUGCGUAUACACCUACUCGAGUUUCCGGUGCUACAGGCUCGCGAGCCCCCUACAAACGUGAGGAGCAGACGGACAGUGAUGGCUGGGGAGCAGAUGCCCCACCUGUAACGAGGAGCCAGUUGGAGAAGGUUGCACCUGCUUAUAAACCGACAAAGGUUGACAUCUCUGCAAUUCGAGCUCAGCCAACAUCCACCACAUCUGGUUAUGGCGGUGCAUCAUCUGCUAGCGAUAGACCGGAUAUCGUGAAAGGAGCCUAUCAACCUAUUGGAAAAGUAGAUAUUGCCGCUAUUAGAGCUCAAGCGCAGCAGAAAUCUGAGCGUCCGGAGAUUGUCAAGGGUGCAUACGAGCCGGUUGGUAAAGUAGAUAUCGCAGCCAUCAGAGCUCAAGCGAGGCCAUCUCCGGCGCAUGAAGAAGAUGAAGAAAGACCAAGACCAGUAUCAGAGAGAUCAGCUGCAUUUUCGCAAAGUGAGCGACUCACCUCUCUCCCCAAACCAAAGCCUGUAAAGAAAUUUGGGACAGGUGCGCCCAGCUUUGGUACUAAACCACCCACGCCUGGUGGUUUCGGAUUGAAUCCUUCUGUCCCAGCAGCUGCGCCUGUGGGUGCUGCAAGUAGAGACUUUGGCUCAUCCGGUGGUAAAACGCCCGCCCAGUUAUGGGCCGAAAAGAAAGCUAGAGAGCGCGGUCUCUCAGGAGCCAGCGAAACCACUCCGCCGACUUACGCAGGCCAGCAAUACCCCCCUGUUAGCACCUCAAACACCGGCCGUAGCUCCGGGAGUAAUGAUGGCUUGUCAAAUAAGCUUGCUCAACAAAAACUGGAUGACCACGAAGAGGAUGUACAAGCCCCCGCGGGUGGUAUCAGCGCACUGAGAAAUAAAUUUUCAGGCGCGCCCCCGAUGGGGGCACCGACAUCACCAAAGAGCCCUCCAAGGACCGGCGGUUACCAGUUCCAGCAAACUACAGGAGACCGUGCUCCUCCACCUCCACCCGUUGAUAUCUCUUCCAGACCUACUAUCGUCGCGGGAGGGGCCGUCGCACUCCCUGGAUUUCCUCCUAAGCCUGCUGAUGAUGAUGAGACAAACGCAGCUGGAAUUCCACACCCACCGCCGCAACCUCCAAGAUCUCCUACCCCCCCACUCCUGAGAUCCCCGGAAGUCCUAUUAGGAUCGCAAUGCCCGGUAGUUCCGCAAGAAGAUGAUCUUGAGGACGAAGAACCAGCAAGGGUUAGGUCGGAAACAGUUGGUGUAGGUGCAGGAGGUGAAACCGUUGAAGGCAGCGUAGGAAGGCGUGCACUCAUCUUGUUUGACUACGAAGCAACCGAGCCGAACGAAAUAAACUUGGUCGAAGGACAGAUUGUUGGAGAAGUCGACAUGGUAGACGAGGAUUGGUGGGCUGGGCGCAACGUACAGGGGGAGAGCGGUCUCUUCCCCAGCAACUAUGUUGAGCUUAUCGAGGGAGACGAAGAACAAGGUCCUCCACCCUCUCGACCAGAGGAUAGACCUUCUGUAGAAUCGCCUCCACCGCAGGAGGAAGAACACCAAGCCACCAACAACCCGUCGGCGAUUGCCCAGUAUGACUAUGCAGCAACAGAAGAUAAUGAACUCACCUUCCCUGAUGAGGCAAUCAUCGAAGAUAUCGAAUUUCCAGACGAUGAUUGGUGGUUGGGAACAUACGGUGGAAAGCGCGGCCUCUUUCCUGCAAACUACGUAGAGUUGCGCAAGUGA